GGCUGUCAUUUUGUGGUUCGAAGUUUACAAACGCCCCCAGUCAUACACGUCCUGUGGAUGGUGUCUCCACGACGGUAGCUAACGGAGUCUAAUGUCUGAAUUUCUAAGCGAAAGCCUUUGAACAACAUCAUCCAACCAUCGCAAUACGAACAUCGAAGCUGAAUUAUACUGGUUUCCAACAUCAUGGCCACCAAAAUCACAGUUAGAAUCCCACAAUGCAGUGCUUGUGAGACGCCAUUCAGAUACAAAGGAGCCGAGCCAUACCUUCUCCCUUGUUUACAUCCUGUGUGUGCUGAUUGCAUCGGAGCUGAAUGCGAAACGGUACAGUGUUCAUUUUGUAGAUAUUCUUUCGACAAAAGAACGAUCGUUUUGCCAAAGGACCAUGUCACUGAAAUGGAUAUACUAUCCUCAACCCUCAAAUUGAAGCCAUCAGAGGUCACAUGCACCAAUAAAGACCACGGUAAUUCAGCAAAGACUGCCAGGUCAUGGUGUAGGAACUGCCAGGCCAUGUUUUGUAGGUCAUGUGAAUCUGCUCACAACCAAGUUAAGACGUCCAGGACCCAUCAGAUGUUGCCAGUGGGAGAUAUGAAAGCAGGUGGACUGACGCCCCCCAGUGCCCUCUGUACUGAUCACGAUGAGUACUUUCUUGACCUUUACGAUGAAACUUGUGAGACUCUCAUUUGUUCUAAAUGCGUACGGUCAGAACAUAAGCAUUGUGUUGUGCAGGAACUGGAAGAUGCAGCUAAUGUGGGGAAAAGCACGACGAAACAACGCAAAGCUAAAUUAGAAGAAAAGUUACAAGAAAUCCGGAAAGCGAUGACAGAAACCAAAACAACGCGAGAGAAUUCGGAAGCAAGUUACAACGACUCAAAGACACUCCUGUCAAAUAGAUUCCAUCAUCUAAAGGUGUGCCUCACCAAACGUGAAGCAGAACUACAAGAAGAAUUAGACUCCAAGCAUAGACUUAACCUGGUGGACAUUUCAAGGAUUAACUUGGGAUUGCAAAACGUUCUACGUAAAUGUGAGGACACACAUGACUUUACUGAAAAACUGCUGAAAUAUGGGCCUCCCAGUGAUAUCCUGAUGCUGGAGAAAUGCAUGAAAAUACAGACGGAAAACUGUUUAGCUGAGGAUGUUGCGGGGGCUGAGGUUGAAGCAAUGCAACUGUCCUUCUCGAAGGACCAGAUGGAACAUCUUGAAGAAGUUAUUUCAUCCAUUGGAACAACUGAGUCUGACAUUCACAGCCAAGACAAGGAAAACGACAAGAAGGGCUCAGCCGAGAAACGUCACCUUGAGCCAGUAGAAGAGAGAUUGUAUCCUGCUUUGUCGUUUGACGUGGAAAGAAUCAACAACAAUAAGGUCCAUGUCAACAACAAAGGGUUCCUGGUUAAUAGUAAAGUCUCCCAAGAAAGGAAACUAGGUCAGUAUGUUGGGACAACGGCUAUUACACCUCUACCCAAAGACAAAGUCAGCUAUUGGGAGGUGGAGUCAGACUUCAACGUGGCCUCUGAAAUGCAACAUGGCCUACUUAUGGAAAUAGGUGUGGCUAGGGGAGCAUGCCUGGACAACAGCUACUGCAUGAGCGGGCAGAAAGGAUCCAUGUGUCUCGUCAUCGCACACUGCUCUACACACAAAGGAGGCUGUGCAAAGAUCUGGAGCAAUGGCCAGAAGAUGAGAUGCUACGAAAACGUUUUGUCGACCAGUCCAGGAACAUCUGACACACUGCGACAUGGGCUUCUGUUUGACGGUACCAGGAACACCCUCACUAUAUUUGACCUCAACACCAUAGCUGAACUUGUGACAUUAGACACAGAAAAACAGGCAGAUGACUACUGGCCCGUGUUCGGAGCAUACAACUCUUCCCUUGCUGCUGUUCAGAUAAGUCCAGGAACAUCUGACACACUGCGACAUGGGCUUCUGUUUGACGGUACCAGGAACACCCUCACUAUAUUUGACCUCAACACCAUAGCUGAACUUGUGACAUUAGACACAGAAAAACAGGCAGAUGACUACUGGCCCGUGUUCGGAGCAUACAACUCUUCCCUUGCUGCUGUUCAGAUAAGUCCAGGAACAUCUGACACACUGCGACAUGGGCUUCUGUUUGACGGUACCAGGAACACCCUCACUAUAUUUGACCUCAACACCCUAGCUGAACUUGUGACACUAGACACAGAAGAACAGGCAGAUGACCUCUGGCCCGUGUUUGGAGCAUACAACUCUUGCCUAGCUGCUGUUCAGAUGAAGCUGGUGUCGGGAAAAGAGAUACAAUUACCACUGUGGAAGAAAUCGUUAUUGGAGAAAGCCAUGGCUUUUUCGGUAGCUAGACAGUAG